AUGUUGCUGAUUAAGAUUCAGAACGAGUGCUCUGACUACGUGCUGUGUAACCCCAGGGUGUACACCUACAGCGGAAACUAUAACAAACCUCUGCCUGCCACUAUCGGCCCUUCCAAAUCUGGUGGGGCCCUGUUCACCAAGACCCCUAACACGGCCUGUGGAUCUGUUGGCGUCUUCACAUACGACCUCCAGAAUAAAUCCACAAAACGGUGCAGUAGAAAAGUGGCUGUGAUGUUCUCUAACCCAUACGACUUUAACCUGUACUCCAACUGGUUCGCAGUGGGCGUCUUUAACAAGAAUAAAAAAUGUGACUAUGAUCUUUACAGUGAGAUGUAUUACAAUGAAGAGAAAGGGUUUGUCCGAGGGGAAGCCAGAAAUCAUGCUCUCACCUAUACAAGUGAUGUGGUCAACAUCAUAGCCACCAUGUCUGACAGUUACAAACCUGUCAUCAAAGUCCAGCUGUGCAACAAAUAG